AUGGCAGAAAAGGCAGAAUAUUUUCUUGAACAGUCUUUUCCUGAGAUUGUUGAUUUACAAAGAAAACUUAUAUUUACAUCUGUAGAAAUAAAAUCUAUUAUAAAAAGAAGGACGGAAUUUGAAUAUGCAUUAGCACGUAGAAUUGUUAAGAAGGAGGAUUUUUUAAAAUAUAUUGAAUAUGAGAUGAAUUUGGAGGCUUUAAGAAAAAAGAGAAUAAAAAGAUUAAAUAUUAAAGGAAAACCUACUAUUUCUGAUUGGGGAGGUGUAAGACGUAUUUUUUUUUUAUUUGAAAGGGCUACUCAAAAGUUUCAUGGUGAUGAAGAUUUAUGGUUACAGUAUAUUCGUUAUGCUCAGCAUGAAAAAUCUACUAAACUUCUUGGAAAAGUUAUUUCAAAAGCAUUACAAUUUCAUCCUACAAAACCCAAAUUAUGGAUAUUUGCAGGAUAUCACGAGUUAAAUUGGAAUGGUAAUAUUUCUGCUGCACGUACGUUAAUGCAACGAGGAAUACGAUUAAAUAUGUAUUCUUCUGAACUAUGGCUUGAAUAUUGCAAAAUGGAAUUGAUUUAUAUAAUAAAGUUACAUACAAGACAAAAAAUAUUAGGAAUUAGUGAGCUUAAUAAUGAUAAAAAUAUUGAUGAGGCGACUAAGAAAAAAGAUAUGAUUAUGAUUCCUGAAAUAACCUAUGAGGAAUACAAAAAAGAUAAUUUGAUCUUUAAGAAUAUGGAAACAGGUUUAUUAGAUUCUGAAAAUGUCUCUGUGAUAGAUUUCCAAAACAGUCCAAUAAUGAAGGGUGAAAUUGUAUCUAUUAUAAUUAAAACAGCGAAUGAAUAUAUGCCGAAAAAUAUAGAUUUAUUAGAAUCAUUUUAUUAUAUGAUCGAAUCGUUUGAGAAUUUGAUAUGUCGAGAUAGAUUACUUAAUGAAAUUAUUUCUUUAAUUGAGCAUCAGGAAUCCAGUAUAGAAUUAGCGAAAAUAUUAUUAUUGAUAUUGCCACUAAAUAAAUUUUUAAAAAAUGUUUUGGAUAUAUCAUUUCCUAAAGUUUUAAAAUCAUCUAUUUUGGGAUUUAAUACUUUAAUUGAGAAAAAUAAUUGUUCUGUAAUAUCUUAUGAGAAAUUUUGUUUGUUUUUAGGUAAGUUUCUUGAGAAAGAAAAUUUGGAUAAAAAUCUUCGAAUUGUUAUUAAUUCCUCUCUAUAUUCUAUAUUGAAGAAAUUAGAAAUACAGAAUCUUAUGUCAAAUAAGCUGAAAAUAUUAUUAGACAGUAUUUGUUUACAAUGA